GGCGGGACGUCCGGUGCGCGGAGCAAGAGGCCUGUCGCUGCUCGGAGGGGGGAAAGCGCGGGCUGGAAGAGCGCGGGAGCGGCUGGAGGUGGCGGCGGCGGCGGCGGCAGCGGCGGCGGACAGACCUGGAGCCCAGGGGUGGAAUGCUGCUGGAAAAUUCUCAUGAAAAGUUUACAGCUAUGAGUUGCUGAUAUACUGAACUGAAGCCGACAUUUUGAACCAAAGCCGCAGUGGAUUUGGCAAAGUGUUGAGUUGGUAUUGCAUUGCUGCACAGAAGUUCCAAUGGGCCGCAGGAAAUCGAAGAGAAAGCCUCCAACCAGGAAGAAAGUGCUUGGCACGUUAGAAACACAGUUCACUUGUCCAUUUUGUAACCACGAAAAGUCAUGCGAUGUUAAGAUGGACCGUGCGCGAAACACGGGUAUCAUAUCCUGCACCGUAUGUUUAGAAGAAUUCCAGACGCCAAUAACAUAUCUGUCGGAGCCAGUGGAUGUAUACAGUGAUUGGAUCGAUGCCUGUGAAGCAGCAAACCAAUAGUUUUGCCUCAAGUACUGUGUGUUUUACUUGGCAGUGCUUUUUUUUUUUGCUGACUGUAAAUAAUAGUUAAUGUGGAAUCUUCUGUAAUACUUUGGAUGGUUUCAGGGUGUUAUUAAAAGUUUAGAAUUCUUCCAUUCA